UAGCGUGCUUUUGUAACGACUUAAUUCACAAAUAAUGACUUUAUCUGUUGCUAAAUGUUUCCGGAGACAUAGCAUUAAAUACUUCCAUACUAUAACCGGUUAUACCGAGCGCUCAGGUUGUGCUGGUUGUGUAUGUAAGACUAACAAUGUUAGCCACUUCCUGUGUAGUUUUGUAACGGUGUAAUAAUGAAGUUAUGCAAGUUUAAAACUCGAAUUCACGAUAAGCAGAGAGUCGCUGCACAGACAUCUGAACUAAAUUGAAGCUUAUUGAAGAGCUCAGAGUCCGAACCGUGCUCCUCAGGCGAGAUGACUCAGGUGCGGCGAGCAGUGAGCGAGGCAUUGUGGGCGAUGUGUGCGGCUGACUCCAUGUCCAUGCCGGUUCACUGGUACUACAACAUCGACGACAUCAGAAGGGAUUUCGGAGGCUGGAUAUCGAGCCUCAACUCACCCAGAGACAGACACCCGUCCAGCAUCCUCAGCCUCUCCAACACUACUGGUAGUGGUCGGACCGCCUGGUCGUCAGGCACCAAGCGACACGACGUGGUUGGUAACGUGAUCCUCCACGACAAACUGGACCUGUGGAAGUCCUCCAAAGGCUCCGUCCACUACCACCAAGGUCUUGAGGCCGGGGACAACACCCUGAACGUGGUCUGCUCUCUGCGAGCUGCUCGCUCUCUCGUUACCGGACAGUUCAGGGACGUCUCUGAGCCGGAUGCCCGAGCCGCCGUUUUGUCAGACUAUGUCAGCUUCAUGACCACGCCCGGCUCGCACCGUGACACCUAUGCUGAGUCCUUUCACCGAUCAUUCUUCUCCAGCUGGCAGGACGGCAGACCGACCUCUCCCUGUCAGGUUCUUUCAUUUGCAGAAAAGCGCUCGAGGCGCAUGUUGAGCUCCAAGCUGCCCGACAGCCAGCUGGACGCCAUCGGGUGCCUUCCCAUGAUCCUUCCCUUCAUCCUGCUGUCCGCUCCAGCCAAUGAGGAUCAAGCAGUCUCAGCAGCAGUAGAGUUCGUCCAGCUCACCCACCCCCACCCGAAGGUGCCUGAGUAUGUGUCAAUCUACGGCCGGGCGCUGCACGCCGUGCUGGGCGGAGCCAGCGUCCGGCAGCAGGCUGAGCACGCUCUGAGGAGGCUGGACGCCUGGGACACCUGCCAGAGCUACAGCCGCAAGGCCGCCAGGUUUCCGGCGUCCUCGUUGGAGCGGCUGAAGGUCCAUCAGAGCGCGGUGAACUACCUGGGUCUGGCCUGCUACACUAAAGGAGCUUUGUCCAGCAUGUUUUAUCUGGCUCAUGAGUUCCAUGACGACCCUGCAGGAGGAAUCCUGGCCAACACCAACUGUGGAGGUGAGAACUGUAACCGCGGGGCGGCGCUAGGGGCCCUGCUGGGGGCCGGGGGGUCCUACAGAGGAGCUGUCAUCCCGCAGGAGUGGAAGGACAAGCUGAGAGAUGCUCAGGAGUUUAUCCCAGACAUCCUUAUGGCGAUGCAGUACGAGAGGGAAACUACCAAAAAUUUAAAAUAAACAACACAAUUUUGGGUAACUCUUUAUAAUAAGGUCCUUAAUAACCAUUAAUUAACAAGUAAUAAGGCAUUGUUCUCGCUUUAGAUCCGGUAGUUGCAAAAAGCGUAGUUAACUUAUAGUUAACUUAUAAUAGAUGAGCAAUAAAGUAUAUUUUAAUAUCAAUAACCAAACAAAAUAAGAUUAUUAAAGGCAUGGCAAAGACAUAAUGGGUGGGUCAUGGGUGUUUGUAAUGGCAUUAUUAACACUUUAUAAGCUUAACACUUUAUACUUUAUAAUAUUAACACUAUAAGCUUAUAAACAUACAAUAAUGUUAAUAAGCAUCUUGUAAGGACUUACAAGGGCCUUAUUACUUGUUAAUUAAUGGUUAUUACAAGGACCUUAAUAUAAAGCGUUACCAAAUUUUGUCUUCCUGUUUACAAAAUCUUUUCAUUCCACUUCCCUUAAUUUAUCGUCUUAUUUGAUGAUACAUUUAUUUUUUUCUUCUCUUCAAUAAAGUUUGUUGUUUGUUUGGAAUUAAAAUGUAAAAUAACAUUACUUUUGUUUUUGUUUUUUUAACUGAUCCACGCUAUUUAUACUUCUUCUGUUUUCUUAUUUUCAACAUAAUAACUUCAAUGACACUCCAUCAGACCUUAAAUGAACAAAUAAAUAAAAUUUGUGAAUCUGAA